CAUCAGCAGUUUACUUUUGACGCUGUUAAAGGAGAUUGGACUAAAAAGACAGAUGCCAUAGAAGUCACCAGAAGAACGAGGUGGUCUCCGAGAAUACUGUAGCAAGCUUCCUUGCCACAACGCCGGAUCUGUCACAGGGCUGACACAUUGCUGAAGCAGAAUUAUUGAUUAUGUUAUUGGGUUUUACUCUCUAAAAGUUGCAUCUUUUCUUGCAGACUUUCCUUUUCAUUUCCAGGUUGUUCUGUUUUGGAAUAAAGCAUGGCAGAUAAGAGGCUUUUUGAGGUUCGCACUAAGUUCAUAGAGGGCGUGAACAACGCAGUAAUCCAAGACCUGCUGGAUGACAUGCAGCAUGUGAAGGUGCUGAACGAUAGCGAGGUGGAGGAAGUGAAGGAGGGACAGACCCGCACCAAGGACAGAGCCCGCUGCCUGAUCGACAUGGUGAAGAAGAAGGGGGCCACAGCCAGCGAGAAGUUCAUCUGCAAACUCUCAGAGAGGGAUCCCACUCUCUACAGCAAACUCGAGCUUGACUCACAUCCAGCACCUUCAAAUAUCAUGCAGCCUGCCGCUGCUUUCAAAGCUCAGCAGCCGAGUGUUCCCCAGCAGGAGAGCCGCCCGGCUGGGCCAGUGCCUUGGAUGAUACCCUCCACUCCAGAGUUUGUGUCUCACACCCAGGAGACGGAGGCUGGUUCGAUUUACAAGAUAGAGGACAAGGCUAGAAGGCAGCGCCUGGCUCUGAUUAUCAACAACAUUGAGUUUAAGAAGCCAGAGAUGAGGAGGAACGGGGCGCAGCAGGACCAGGAGCAGAUGAAGAAGCUGCUGGAAGAGCUGGGCUACAGUGUGGAGCUGCACAACAACCAGUCUGCACAGGAGAUGGAGUCGACCCUCAUCCUCUUCUCUCAGCGAGAGGAGCACACCAAGUCAGACAGCACCUUUGUGGUGCUCAUGUCCCAUGGGGUUCGGGAUGGGAUCUGCGGGAAACUCAGCGACAACGAGAAGACAGACAUUCUCAAGACCGACAAAAUCUUCAACAUCUUCAACACCAAGAACUGUGCUGGGCUGAGGGGCAAACCCAAAGUGAUUAUCAUCCAGGCCUGUAGAGGAGGAGGGGAUGGCCAUGCUUGGGUUAGUGCCUCCACAGAGCCACCUGUGCCCGUGGAAAACCCGUUGGAAGAUGAUUACCUGAAGAAGGAGCACAAGGAGAAAGACUUCAUUUGUUUCUGUUCCAGCACUCCAGACACUAAAUCAUGGAGAGAUCCGGUUAAAGGUACAAUCUUUAUCCAGCGGUUGGUGGAGACUUUCUGCAAGAACGCCUGUCGGGACCACAUUGAGGAACUUUUCAGAAAGGUUCAAAGUGCUUUCCAGGAUUUUCAAUUGCAAAUGCCCACAAGAGAGAGAACCACACUUCUGAAGAAAUUCUACCUCUUUCCAGGGAACUGACACUGCAGCGUGUUCUCCUCAACAUAUUAUCUUUCUUUUUUUUAACAGUAAUCUGAAAAUAAAAUGUAAGGGAAUUUUUAAAAA